AUGUCCAAGGGGACACUCACGCUUCCCCGCCCGUUCCAACCGAUGGCAACGCGCAGCACGCGCCACCACGGUCUCGAUGCAGAAGCCCAAAGGAAGCUUGCGGAGGUCAAGGAGAAGAUGGGUGACCUAGAGCGGAGUCUUGAAGAGGAUGUUCUACGGCGCAGUCAAGAAGAGAGCUACAGUGAUCAAGAGGAAGACGAGGAUACGAGAGAUUUGAACCCCUCAAACUUCAUCAGCGAGGAUGCUGUGUAUUAUGAAGGUGACGCAGAUGACGAUAUGGUCGACCUAGGAAUUGCCAUGGGCAGGGUGAGAAUCACAGAGCGAAUCGGUGGUUUGGUGCGUCCAAGAUUUGCAGACGAGAUGGCUCAAGCGCUUAAAGAGCUCCCCAAGAGCGAGCAUCCAAGACCCAAUCCAGUGCUCGAACAAGAUCCACGGGAAUGGCUGGCGCCCAGCCGAGACUACGUCGCCCCGUCGUCGAGUUUUUUCUUCGCUCCCGGCAUCGAGAAGACUUCUCUCACGACGUUCCUUCCAUCGCGGUCAAUGGUCGACAAACUGAUUGCACACUACUGGGAGGCUGUCCAUGUAGUCGCCAAGGCCGUACAUCGUCCAUCAUUUGAAAGGCAGCUCGAAAACUUCUGGUCUAAUGUGACUGCGGGUAUUGAGCCUCGCUUGUCAUUCCAGGCUGUUGUUUUCGCUGCACUGCUCAGCUCGAUCGUUUCUAUGCCCGAAAGUAGAGUCACCGCAGAGUUUGGUGUAGACAAGCACAGCCUCGUGGAUAAUUUCCGGUCAGGCACUGAGUCUGCAUUGGCUCGAGCGAACUUCCUUCGCACUACGAAAAUGGAAACAUUGCAAGCUUUCGUAAUGUAUCUUAUCGUGCUUUGUCGCAGCGAGGUCUCACGUGCCCAUUCUGCACUGACAGGAACAGUCAUCCGCUUGGCUGAGUGCAUGGGCCUGCAUCGUGACCCAUCAAUCUACAGUACCUCUCCUGUAGAGAUUCAGGUCCGACGUACCCUCUGGUACCAAAUAUGCUUCCUUGAUCUCCGGACCUCCGAAGCCACUGGCCCACGCCCUCAGAUACGGCAUGACGAUUACGAUACCCGAUUUCCUUUGAAUCUUGACGAUGAAGAUCUCGAUCGUGCCGAAAACGGCGAUGAUACAGUGGAUGCGAGGAAAGACAGCAAGCAAUUCACUGACGCAACUCUCGUGCGCAUGCGCUUUGAAUGCUACGAGAUGCACCGCUUCCUAUGGAGCGAAAGACCUAAACUGGAUCAGAGACGAGCAAAUGGGGAGCGAAAAGUCACGCUUGUAAGUUUGCUUGCUCGCGUUCAAUCUUUUAAAGCGGCUAUGGAGAAGAUAUAUCUGCCGAUGCUGCGAAAGGGUGAGCCAUCACAUGCCCUUGCCUCUGAGAUAUAUGGUAUCUUGUCGGAUAGGUUUUACAUUCUGCUCCUCCAGAAGUACUUGAGCUCGGCGAGGAAGAUGCCAGACCGUCUACGGCAACUCGUCAUGAGUGCUGCGGUCUCCGAUCCUAGAGCAUUCGAUGGUUAUUUGAACAGCAACCCCGCAUUGUCUAUGUAUUCCUGGACCGUGUCUGGAGAUGUCUGGACUUUGCUUUCGGCCUUCCACCCAGGUGGAUCAAACAUCGAGAAAACCAGAUACAUUCUCGAAGAACUCGUGGAAAAGUCCAGAAUCUACGCAGGCAUGAAGAGAGUGCGGGUCCCAAAUAACAUGCCACAACCCCAACCCCGAAAACACACUCCAGGCUACAAAGCCAGAGAGCAAGAAGAACGAGCACGCAGCGGAAGCGUCCCCUCGGACUUCAGUAGUCCCCCCGGGUCCAACCAACACCUCAGCACCGGAUACGCCGCACAGCGCACCCCAUCCCCCCAAGCAACACGCAUAACCCCACAGCAGCCCAACCUUUCACAACGGCUCCCAAACCAAGCAGCCAUAUCCUUCCCCGGCGCAAUCCCAGAGGUCGACUGGGGCACCCUCGACCUCCCCACCGACACCCUCAACCUCCAACAACCCGUCCCGCAAUCCUCGCUCUUCAACUUCAAUGAGUACGUCCCCACGCCGUCCGCCGCCAGUCAGGCGACUGCAAACACCCUCCUGCACCCGGGAAGCGAUGGGAGCAGUCCGAAUACGGCAGCGUAUGGGGCGUAUGGAGCGGCGACGGAUACUAGUCCGAUGGAUGUUAUGAAUGAGAUCGAUUGGGUAAGUGAGAAGUGUGGUGAUGGGAGGGGUGAGAGAUGCAUGCUAACGGUGAAAUAG